AUGAAGCAAGGGUUGUGGGCAAAAUUCAUCUUGUCACUAUCUUCUACUGCGCGUGAGAAGACAUCCUGGGCUAGGAUCGAAAAAGUUAAUCCUGCAGCUUCUCUUUAUGCUAAGGUGUUAAUCAAGGGUGGUGAUAGGAGCUUCUGGUACGAUGAUUGGUCAGAUGUUGGAGUUAUUUGGGAUACUCAAAUGGGGCAGCCACCUCACCCAGAGUUAACAAUUCAAGAGUUUUUUGCGAGAAAGGAGCAAUAUAUAGAUGAUUUUCAGUCGAACCUUUCAGCUGCAAUUGUGACUUUCCUUAGAAAUCAUCUGGUAAACUUUACUGAGGGGGAUGAUAUACUUUUUUGGAAGCCAACUAUAUCAGGAAGCUUUACUCUUAAAUCAACGUUUGAAUCCAUUCGACAAAGAAACUCAGAAGAAUGUUCAGAAUCGAGGAUACUUUGGCAGCACUUCCUGGGACUCUUUGAUAUUGCUAUGCCUACUGGGAACUUGGGGAAUUUUGUAUCGGCUUUGUGGCUUAGCAACAACUUUACAAUAGCUAAAUCAUGUGUGCAAAAGGUUAUGGAUUCAUUAUCCAUUUGGGAUUGUGGAAACUUAGUCUAUGUUGAAUCGGGUUAUCUUGGACAUGGAGACAGCUUUAUGGCUGAAGCCUAUGGUUUACUCUUUGGAAUUAGGAGAUGUGUGUUAUUAGGCACAGAGCGAGUUGAGGUUCAGACAAAAAAUCAGGCGUUGGCUCUUGUUUUGGAGAAUGGAGGACCUUUUCCAUGGAGGUUUCGGUUGGUUUUGGAAUAG